AGUACAGACUGAAGGGACUGUGCUUCCACCAAACUCCGUUUGGCCUCAGCUGCAGGGAAUUAAGAUUAUUCUCCUGAAGAAGAGGGAGCUGAAGGUGCAGUGCCCGCGGUCCCUGUGUCAUCCCCGGCUCGCUGCUUCCUCCCAGGGUGCCCGCUCAUCCAAUAAUGGCCACUCAGAUGUUCGAGGGCAAAGGGCAUGCGGCCGUCUACCAGAAAUACAGGUUUGCACCGGGAAAAGAGCUCAAGCAGACCAUCCUCUCCUACCUGCGGGAAAAGAAGGCAAUCCCUGCGGAGCUGGCGGUGGAUGUGGGCUGUGGGUCUGGACAAGGCACCGAGUUCCUUGGGGAGCACUUCAAGAAGGUGGUGGGCACGGACAUCAGCGAAGCGCAGAUCCAGGAGGCCAAUGAGAACCCCGGCAUGCCCAACAUCUCCUACCUCGCGUGCCCCGCGGAGGAGCUGCCGUUCCAGGACGGCUCCGUGGAUGUGCUGACGUCGUUCACGGCCGCGCACUGGUUCGACAUCGAGAAGUUCAUGAAGGAGGCCGAGCGCGUGCUGAAGCCGGGCGGCUGCGUGGCCAUCAGCACCUACACCUUGGACAUGAGCGUGCGCUACGGAGACUGCUCCGAAAAAGUCACCAAAGUCUUCAGGGAGGGCUGGGACCAGCUUUUAAAAUACUCACAUGGUAAAGUAAAAUAUGUCUUGGACGACUACAAAACUAUCUUUGAGGCCUUGCCAUUCCCAGACAAGAAGAGAGUCACUGAUAUCUACGACCCAAUUCCCAUGACUGUUGAGGGUGUGGUUGGUUACAUGGAGUCUACCUCUUCAUAUCAAACCUUUAAGAGGAGUGACCCUAAAACUGCAACAUCCCUUCUCCAAGAGACUGAAAAGAGGAUGCUGGAGACAAUGGGAGUUUCCUCUCGUGAGACCCCAGUGGAGUUCUUGGUGAGGCACGUCUGCGUGCUGGGCUGCAAGGGUCGCUGAGAGAGCAAACCCUUCUCCUGACCUGGUGCUACAAGGGAAGGAGAAGGUGGAUUGUCUGCUAAAAGCCUGCUUGUAACUGCUCUUACUCCUUGGGAACACUGGUGCUGAUUUUGCUGAUUGAAAUUUUGGUCUCCUGUGGAAAGCUCUCCUGAGGGUUUUAUGCCCCUCAGGUUCCUGUCCACCUUGGUCCUGGAGGCUGCCUGGUGCUGCUCCCUCGGCACUGGAAGUGUCUCGUUGUGGACACUGCUGGUUUAAUAACAUGGGGAAGAGAAUCACGGAACAGCUGAGAAGCUCACUGCAUUUCUAACACAAUUAAUAAUAAUUAAAAAGCAAGCUGAGAAAACGUU